AUGAGCCAUUCUAUGGGUUUUAACUGGGGAUUCAAGCCUAGCAAUGAUACUUCAGGGUGCAACGCCACUUCUGCGUGCAAAAUAACCAAACCCCGGGUCAAACGGCGGUUUGUCAGUGAUGAAACCAUUCAAGCAAACUCGGCCGCCGCUGCUGCUGCUGUUGCCUCUCACAGACCUGUGAGGGCCGUGGCAAAGCGCAAGACGGCGAUAUGUGGCAUUCAGGGCCAACCGCUGCCACUGGCGCGUGCAGUAGAACUCAUGGACCGCAAUGUGCUGCAAUCAACGCUCUUAGAACUUGUCAAAUUGCAUCCCGAAAUACAAAGCACAAUAAUGGCUCUCCAACCGCCUUCGCGAACAGUGGACCAAUACGUGACCGUUUUGCGGUCUAAACUUGAACAGAUUUUCCGCAAUUUGCCCUAUUCGAAACUGCGAGACUUCUCACUCAACGACGAAAGCGCAGGGCUCAGUGACUACGCUUUUGUGCGUGUCAAACCGCACAUUUUGGAGUUCCUCAACUGUCUGGUGGAUUGCGUGCUGGAAAGCAUCCCACCACAAAGCCAAUCUGCAUUGCACUCUCUGCGAGUUCUGGACGCCGCAACCGAACUGCUGAGUCAGGUGCCUCGCUUCGUGACUGCCAGCAACAACUACUACAAAAACGUGUGUUACGAACAGAUAGCAGAGAUAUGGUGUACCGUGGUACGCCAAGUGACCCAAGACAUCUCUUUCACUACUUCCACCUCUGGCAUCGGGGACUGGCUACAAGUCUUGCAAAAACACAACGACAACGCGCAUGGCAGACUACAGAAACCGCUUCAACUCUUGCAGACCUUUCAGGAGCCAUUAGAACCAUCACAAACACAGUCCAGUCUUUCGCAGGAUCAGCAUCCAUCAAACCUGUGGAACAAUUUGGUCUAA